ACGGUGCCGAAUUCUGACAACUUUCAUUUGAAAAGAGGCUUAUUACUCUUUUUCGCUCCACAAAUCUGUGUCAUGGGGAAAAAACAGUGUGUGCUAUUCUUGUUAUUAGUUGUCAGCCACCAAACUAUUGCUCUAGGACCACUUAUUCCUGUGCUGGUGGCUUCUGCUGCAUCGGUCAUGUUGGCUGGAUUCGGAACAAUGAAAUGCAAAGUUUAUGAAUGCUGCACCGACGACUGGGUGAAGCCUGAUAUCACCGGUUUGAGUGCAGCGCUUACCAAAAAGUUGCAUGGCCAGCACCUUGUUAUUGGACCUCUGGUGAAGGCAGUUCGGGGUCAUGUUACUAAUUCUAACCCAAGUAAAGCUCUAGCGAUCUCCCUUCACGGAUGGACAGGCGGAGGAAAAAACUUUGUUUCACAAAUUCUGGCGAAUCACUUAUAUACUAAAGGGACAGAGAGUAGACACCAUCAUCUCUUUGUUGCCACGCUUCAUUUUCCACAUGAGAGUAAAAUAGAAACUUAUAAGGACCAGCUGCGGGAUUGGAUCAGAGGGAAUGUGUCGGCAUGUCCAAGAUCACUCUUCAUCUUUGACGAAAUGGAUAAAAUGAUGCCGAAUCUGAUUGAUACAGUUAAACCAUAUUUGGAUCACUAUCCAGAGAUAAAUGGUGUCAGCUAUAAUAAAGCCAUAUUUAUCUUUAUCAGUAACGCAGCUGGCAAUGACAUCACUAUCCACACAUUAGAUCGUUGGAAGGAGGGCAAGAAAAGAGAAGAUAUAACUUACAAGGAAAUGGAGGAAGUCAUCACUUUUGGAUCUUUCAAUCAAAAAGACACAGGAUUAUGGCACAGCAGUCUGAUUGACAAAAACCUCAUCAAUGCCUUCCUUCCGUUUUUACCGAUGGAGAGAAAGCACGUAAAGCUCUGCAUCAAAGAUCAGCUGGAGUUGAAGGGGCAUCCAGUUACAGAGGAUAUCAUUAACAAGGUGGCUAACGAAUUGACGUACUUCCCAAAAGAAUUGAAAUUAUACUCGACUUCUGGAUGUAAGCGUAUUGCUGAGAAAGUGGACUUGAUCAUGGACUAAUUUGGCUUCCUCAUCCUGAUUCCCUACCUUGUUUGUGUUCCCGUUAUACCAUUUUAUUUCUUUUAUUAUCUAUGUUUCUUAUUGAAAAGAAAUCUUCUUUAAAAAAAAAAGAAAGCGGAUAAUGACCUUUUAUUAUUUUCACAACACCGUUCUUGGGAAUGUUGUUCAAGCCAAGUCAGAGUUUCAGUGAAUGUGGUCAAAAUCAGUAUUGAAAGUUGGAAUAAGAAGGUGAAUGGUGUUCUGCUUCAUGACGUUUCUGGAGCCCUUGAUCUUGAUUCGGUUUAUAUGUUAUCUUCCCUCAAGAUCGUCCAUUGUUUCCGACUGAAGCGCGAGCCUAAUUCCUCAACCCAAAACAAUAACAAGAGGCUGUUCCAUAGAUCAGCCACCCUCCCUCCCUACAAUGCAGUCAAAGGGGACACAGACUAGGUAGAGAUUGAUUGCCAGUAUAGAUACUAUGCUUAAUAUAUAUAUCAUUGUUUAGUGUAGCUAGGACUACUCUGACUGAAAGCAUGGUUGUUUUUGAAAAUAGUGACUUUGAUGAACACAAAUUUUACAAAGUUAUUUUGUUC